CUUCACUUCUCAUUCACAAGAAAGCUCAUAUCCGAUAAACCCUAAGAAGAUGCUCUUACGAAGCGCGUCGACUCCACUUCUCAACUCGUUGGUCCAUGCCUCGAGCCCAAGGGAAUCUCCAAUCGAAGCCGUUGAAUCUGUUCAUCAGAUCCAACGGCCCAGAUCGCUGACGCUCUCUUCCUCUUCAUCUUGCUGUUACAGCCCGGUGUCCGUCCACUCCAGCGACGAAUCCGCGAGGAGAAUGAAACGGACGGCGUCGGAGAGCGAUCUACGUCACCUGACGUCGACGAUGAAGCCGGCGAGUAAGUUCCUCAGCGGCGGCGGUGCUCUGAUGGAGGACGUGGAAGAAGGAAUCGGGUUCGGGCUUAUACGCACGUCUUCUUACGAUGUAUUGAGCUGGGGUUUGGAGGAGGAGGAGGAGGAGGAGGAUGAUACUGAGGUUAGCGGCGGUUGCGGCGGCGGCGGUGGGGUUAUACGCGGCGGAGGAAAGGGUGAUGGAUCCGACGGUGAGGAUGGAGAUGAUGGCACGGACGUUCACUAUCGUAAGAUGAUUGAAGCUAAUCCUGGAAACGGGAUUUUUCUCAGCAAUUACGCUAUGUUCUUGAAAGAGGUUCGUAAAGAUUACUUGAGAGCAGAGGAGUAUUGCGGGAGAGCUAUUCUGACGAAUCCUAACGAUGGGAAUGUUCUGGCUAUGUACGCUGAAUUGGUGUGGACUAUCCAUAAGGAUUCAUCUCGUGCUGAGUCUUACUUUAAUCGAGCUGUUGCAGCUGCUCCUGAUGACUGUUAUGUACAAGCUUCUUAUGCGAGAUUCCUUUGGGAUGCUGAUGAGGAAGAAGAAGAGGAGAGACAUGAAGAAGAACUUGAGCCUCAAACUUCUCGAAUGAGCUUCUUCUCUGGUCCUUCCCCAAUUACGGCCAUGUCUUAAGUCUCGGCAUCUCUAUCCGCUUUAUGUUUUAUAGAUUUAGAUAAGCGUGUUACGUCUAUGAUCUAUCUAACCCUUUUGUUUCAAUGUGAAUUCGUUAUUGUUUGCUUCAGUUUUAGAAUUGGUCUGAGUUGUAGUAGGUACCCACGUGAAUAAAAAUAAAGACUAUCGAAUAAAAGUUUUGCUUUUGAUGGAUGUAA